AUGUUAGAAGAUAUCGGCCAAAUAUGUAACACGAUCAUAAUUCACACAAAGUUCUCUUGCUUCAACCCAAAUUCUCCUCAAUUUGUAUCCAUUCUUUGAUUAUUUGUUAAAAAAACGAAGCAAUCAUCUCUCCAUUGCUGUUUGUUUCAUCUAUGGUUCAAGCUAAACUUCAUUCAGUUGCAGGUCUCUUCACGAGUUCAAGCGGACUUCAUUUUUCAGCUUGAAUUUGUGGAAGUAUAAUGAGAGAUCCCAAUAGGUUUCAUCUACUGGAGUAUUUUUCUUGUUUUCUGCUAUUUGGUUCUGUGAUUCAUCUAGUUUCAGCUACGGAAACCGAUAAGAUCUUGCUAAAUUGUGGUGCAAACGGUGAAACCAGUGAUUAUGAUGGUCGAAACUGGACCUCAGACGUAGGAUCAGAGUAUGCAUUGGCAGGGGAGGUUUCAAUAGUAUCCGAUGCUGCUACCCAAAAACCUUCUGUUCCUAUAGUCCCUUACAUGACUGCUAGGAUAUUUCGAUCCGAGUUCACAUAUAGUUUCCCAGUAGCAUCUGGUCGGAAGUUUGUCCGCCUUUACUUCUACCCUGCAACUUAUGCUAACCAUGUUGCCUCCAAUGGUGUCUUCUCUGUGAAUGUUGGACCGUAUACUCUUUUGAAAAACUUCAGUGUAGCUGAAACUGCCAUUAAUCUCAACUUUGAUUUCAUUUCUAAGGAGUAUUCUGUAAAUGUCGAAUUUGGGACUUUGAAUGUCACGUUUACUCCUGCUCCCGGCACUCCUAAUUCGUAUGCAUUUGUCAAUGGGAUUGAAAUUGUGUCUCACCCUGAUAUCUAUGCUUCUAAGGGACCUCCUGUGAGUGUUGGUACCUCCACAGCUUCCAGUAUUGAUAACUUUACUGCCCUUGAGAACGUAUAUCGUCUAAAUGUUGGUGGACAGAUAAUUUCGCCUUCUGGGGAUACUGGGCUCUUCAGGCCAUGGGAGGGUGAUACUGCUUAUAUAUAUGGUUCUGCUGUUGGGGUUCCUGUGGCCGCUGAUCCAAACAUUAAAGUUAAUUUUCCUUCAGGCAUGCCAGAUUAUGUUGCACCAGUUGAUGUGUAUACAACGGCUAGAGCCAUGGGUCCGACUCCACAAGUCAACCUUGGUUACAAUCUGAGUUGGUAUUUUGAUGUAGACACAGGAUUCUCGUACCUUAUUAGGCUCCAUUUUUGUGAAAUUGAUCCAAAAAUAACCCUAAUUAACCAAAGGGUAUUUGAAAUAUUCAUCAACAAUCAAACUGCAGAGACUGAGGCAGAUGUUAUUGUUUGGGCGUCCAAGAGUAAGGUUCCUGUAUAUAAAGAUUAUGUGGUGUUUCUUGCACCUGGGAGUCCUCGGCAGGAUCUUUGGAUUGCGUUGCAUCCCAACACUGCUCUGAACCCGAAUUACUAUGAUGCCAUCUUGAAUGGUGUGGAGAUAUUCAAAAUAAACACGACCGAUGGGAAUCUUGCAGGCUCGCUUCCGAUUCCCGCUCCAAAACAACCGAUCAUCGACCCCUCUAGAGUGUUGUCACAUAGCUCAAGUAAAUCAAAUAGCAAACAAUGGAUAAUUGGUGGUGGGAUCGGUGGUGGUAUUGCGGCUAUCCUUCUUGUUGGUCUGUUUGUUUGCUUCCGUUCCUGUAAAGGAAAACGACGCACGAAUCCAAGCUCGAGCAUUGGGCCAUCUGGUUGGCUACCAAUUUCUUUAUAUGGAAACUCUCGCUCUACUACAACAACAACAACAAAUACUAUGGGAAGUAAUGCUUCUUUUCUUCCUUCGAACCUUGGUCGCCACUUCUCUUUUGCAGAGAUUAUGGCUGCAACCAACAACUUCGAUGAGACUCGACUUCUUGGUGUUGGUGGAUUCGGGAAGGUUUACAAGGGAGAAAUCGAUGGUGGAGUGACUAAAGUUGCAAUCAAGCGAGGGAACCCACUCUCUAAUCAAGGUUUGAACGAAUUUCAAACCGAGAUCAAAAUGCUUUCAAAACUUCGUCAUCGUCACCUUGUUUCUUUAAUUGGUUAUUGUAAAGAGAACACCGAGAUGAUCCUUGUAUACGAUUACAUGGCUCAUGGAACACUUCGUGAGCAUCUUUACGAUACACAAAAUCAACCUUUGACAUGUAAGCAACGGCUUGAGAUUUGUAUAGGCGCUGCCCGUGGUCUACACUACCUUCACACGGGUGCCAAACACACCAUCAUCCACCGGGAUGUCAAGACAACAAACAUCCUCUUGGACGAGAAAUGGGUUGCCAAAGUGUCUGAUUUCGGGCUAUCAAAGACGGGUCCUGCUGUGGAUCACACUCAUGUAAGCACCGUCGUGAAGGGUAGUUUUGGGUAUCUAGAUCCCGAAUACUUCAGGAGACAACAGUUGACGGAUAAAUCGGAUGUUUACUCAUUUGGGGUGGUGCUUUUUGAGAUCUUAUGUGCACGGCCCGCCCUGAACCCGACACUUGCGAAGGAGCAAGUGAGCUUAGCUGAAUGGGCUCAACACUGUCACACAAAGGGAAUUCUUGACCAGAUCAUCGACCCGUAUCUGAAGGGAAAGAUUUCGCCGGAAUGUUUCAAGAAAGUGGCAGAGACCGCCGUGAAGUGCGUAGCGGACCAAGGGAUCGAAAGGCCAUCGAUGGGGGAUGUUCUGUGGAACCUCGAGUUUGCUCUGCAGCUUCAAGAGAGUUGUGGUGAUAUGGAAGAGAGAAUCUCCGAUGAGAUGCCACUCAACUCGAGAAGCAAUGGUUCGUCACCGAGUUCUUUUUCUCACAUAUCGUGAAGGCUUUAGCCGAAAAUGGCAAUCCGCUGUUUUUGUGAUCAAAUACUUUGUAGAAUAUAAGUUAUGUAUGAUCCCAAUAGAGGCCUUGUGUUUCAAUAUCUCUGGCUCGGAAUUAGAGAUGUACAAAGCUCGUUUUUAGUAAGAAACAAGUCAGGCCCGGGCUUGCCUUUAGGUUGUUCAGGCCGGUCUCGGACCGCACCUUGAAAAAGAUACUGGUUUGAUCGGGCUUUUUUGUGCAACUUUACUCGCAUAUGUGUAGGAUUGUACUUUUGAGUAUUGGUAGAAGUCAAAUCAAUCUGUAUAAUUGCAUAUGUUUUGUAUUCUAAUGUUUUCUUAUCUUAUUUGCAUAAAUUUAUUGUUGAUGUUGUUUUCUGAAUUUGCAAAAAUUUAAUGUGUAUGUUAUUGAUGUUC